AUGCUGUCCCUCAACACCCCUACCUAUUCUCCCCCGUCAGGAUACCAGAUCACCGAUCUCCCGAAACCCAAACUCAAUUCCCCCGACGAUGUCAUCAUCAAAGUCCACGCCGCCAGCAUCAAUCCCGUCGAUGUGAAAAAGGCGGGUGGAAUGCUUAAAAUGGCGUUUAAAGAUGAAUUUCCGUAUAAAAUCGGAUAUGACUGCGCGGGUAUCGUCUCGGAGAUAGGGAGUGGUGUUACUCGGUUCAAGGUUGGAGAUCAGGUUUAUACGCGGCUACCUGAGGCUUCUAGAGGAUCGUGUAGCGAGUAUGCUAUGUGUCCUGAGCGGUUCAUCGGGCUAAAACCGGCAUCUCUAUCUUUUGAAGACUCAGCGUCCAUCCCACUCGCUGCCAUGACUGCUCUUCAGGCAUUGAGGAGAUACGAGGGUGAUUUGUCUGGGAAGUCGGUGUUUGUUCCUGCUGGGUUAAGUGGAACGGGUCUCUUUGCCUGCCAACUCGCAAAGCACGUCUUCCACGCCGGCAAGGUCAUUACCACCGUCUCUACAACUAAAGUACCUAAAAUCAAAGAGCUUUUGGGCGAUGGAACUGUCGAUGAAAUCAUUGACUACACAAAAGCCGACCCAAAAGACAGCAUCGAGAAAGGCUCUAUCGACUUCCUCUUCGACACUGUCGGCGUCUCAAUGGACUAUCUGUGCCUGAUGCGCCAGACAGGCUACAUAAUCUCCGUCUCGACAAUGCCAUCCGGCGACCAACUCCAGUCUUCCUCCUUGAUGGAUCUACCCAGUAAACCCACCCUUCCAAUCGGAGCAAAAUUCGGGCUGAAUACGAUGGAUUGCGUGCGGAAACUCCGUGCGCGACGGUACGGCGUGACCUAUUCGUAUAUGUUUCUCGAAUCGAGUGGUGAGGAUUUGGAUAAGUUGAGGGGGUAUGUUGAGGAGGGGAAGCUGAGGACUGUUGUUGGGACGGUUGCGAAAUUUGGGGAUGUUGAGGCUGUUAAGGAUGCUUGUCAGGUUGUUUAUAGUGGCAAGGGAGGGUUGGGGAAGACUGUUAUCCAGGUUGUUGCUUAG